AUGGCUCGAAUUCUUCCUUGCCUUUUCCUUGUCCUUCUUGCUGUUUCUCCAUUCCUCGCUUCUCCAUCAAACCCAUUGAAUCUCAAAAAGCAUCAUGGAGCUAUGUGUGAUGUUUGCAAGGCUCUGGUCGAUGGAGGAGAGAAAGUUGGAGAUGAUGAUCUCGAUGCAUGGCUCGAUGUGAAUAUUGGAACUCUCUGCUGGACAAUGCUUCUCCCACUUCACCACGAAUGCGAAGAAGAGUUGAAGAAAGUGAAGAAAGAGUUGAAGAAGGAUAUUGAAAAUAAGGAAGCUCCAGAGAAAGCUUGCAAGGAUGUCGAUUUGUGUUAA